AUGAUCACCACAGACUGCGCCCUUGCCGGCCAUCUCGAUGCUAUACGUCCCGGCCCGUCCAUGCGUUCAACUCCUUCCAGCCCUUUGCAAGUCGAACGCUCGUCGGUUGCCGCCUCGCGGGUUCCGAGCUGCCCCUGGCACGCUCAGCCUAGCUCCGGCCCACAGGUCGUCAGCCACACCGUUGCCGCCGCCUGUGUCAGAGCUUCAGCGCACCAGGCCCUCGUGUCAGGCGUCGCACAGACGCCAUUCAGGCCACAUGUAUGUGCGAGCUCCUGUUGCACGGCAUCGUUCCCAUGGCAUGCUCUUCGCACCGGGAGCGAUGCAUCUGUGGAGGACCGACGGCAGCGGAAGCGGUUGAAACGUCGUGCCCGCAUCUCUAACCCCAUCGAGAAACGCUCAACGGGAAGCCCGUCAAACACCGUAUCCACAAGUUUCACCUCGUCGACCAGGGCAAGCACGAGCUGUUUCCCGCGGCCCGGAAACAAUUUUCUCUGUUCCGGGCGCCGUGGCUGGUCGUCGGCGACCUCGGAGCAUGAGGCGUCGUCUUCUCGAUUCUUCGCCGCCUGCCUAGGCGUCCGAGUCAGUCUUCCAACAUGCAGCCAUGCCGGUGGGAUGCGCCCAGUUGUCGAAUUUUGGGAGCCGACGGACGGAGCCUCAUGCGGCCCCAUGCCGCCGUGCUGUCGACGUCGCUGCAGGCCAACGACUCCCCCCGUCCCUGAUGCCCUGUGUCUGCCGAGCCGACGAUACGAGGCGAAUACCUCGACGCUACUGCAGGCACGUCGGAAGAGGACGAGACUGGCCUUGCCCUCUGUUGCGGCUUCGGGCGGAAACCCUGCGAACCCUGCCCCGGCCCUAGUUUACUCACCCGCUGCCGACACAUCACAGCCGGGAAGCCGUAAAUGUACCCGUGGUAGUCGCGGACAAGCUCGGGACUCGGAAGUGACGGGCGACCCCUGCCCAGGCAGUCGAUUCUGCGUCAAAACGUACUCAUACUCCAGGAAGACAGUCCUCCGUGCUCCGUACUGUACUCUUCCUUGCACAUGCACAUGCCGUGGGCAGUCUGACUGGCGCAAGUUAUGCGGAUGCACUCCGUACUCCGUACACCCAGGUGCAAGCCAGGCAACGCCUUGGGACCAGACGAACCCAGGCCACGUGCCCGCGCUUCGUUGCGAACGAGGGGGCGCCUGUCGGUCGUUCUCGUGGCCAGCCCGUCUCAUCUUGUCUCGCUCAGGCCCAACAGCUGUGAGGCCAUUGCGCAACGUGGGAUCGUGCGGCUGGCGAUGGGCAGGGACCGUUUUCCGCUUUGAGACAUGA